AUGGAUGCCAAUACUGACAACAAAGAAACGGCUCGUAUGGAAGGGAACGUGCCCUUAGAGUUGGGUACUUCAAAUCAGGGAGAGACAGGUGUUGGUCAAGAAGGAAUGGCUGGUGUGGGUGGUAUCUUACCCACACUAAACCCAAUGGCUGCGUCUUUCAUGCCACGCAGCCAAAUCGCCACCACUGCUGGUCCUGCAUCGCCAGCAUCUGGUACUCCGACUGUGCGGCCAGCCAUUUCGCGUCCUUCGACACCACCUUCGCUGGAACGCUUUGCCAGAGAGCUGAGAGAGCUCAAGUCCGUUGGACUGAGCAACAAAGAGCGUCUGGGGGUGAUGCAUGAUCAGAGGCGCCAGCUUCUGAGUCACAUGACUACAGCAAAGGCCGAGAUCGACCAGCUUGAGGGUCGACUCCAGGGCGAGGAGUCCAUUGACGGAUCACAAGACAUUCUGAAUCGACUCAAAGAGCUCAAUGGGCUUCACGAGUGGGCGGGUUAUAAGUGGGCAGGUCUAGGGGAGGAGAUGACGGAUCUGGAGGCAGAGAUUGCGAUGCCAGGGAGCAGGGAGGAUGAGUUCUGGGGGUUGUGA